UGCCCCGGAGCUGCAGUGAGGGACAGAGACGCCGAGAGUUGUUGGAAGGGAGUGUGAAAUAAGGAAGAACCUCCGAAUUCUGGAGGCAUUUCUCCCACAUCAACACCUUCAUUUUGGCGACCACUUCUGCCAUUCGCCAUUCCCGUGCCCCGGAUCCUCCGGAAACCAUUCUCUUGAAUGUGAAAAACCACACGCGAACCACGAUGGCACCCAAACUCAAGGACGGUGAUGUCGUACUCGCCUUUUCUGGUAAAUGGGUGUCCUGGAUACACACCAUCGCUGCCUACUGUAUGAAAACAUCCCAUCCGAGUUUGCGCUGCACUUUUCCGCGCUGGUUUUGGAGGCAUUUUCUAAUCGUGUGUAUACCUGUAGGUGCUUUCAUCAGUGCAUUAAUUGUCGGCGUCUCGCUUCAUUACCACAAAAUUGUGCAGAACGAACAUUAUGGCUACCCCGAUGAAUGGUUCCCCUCUGUCUCCGCGACCAUUGGCGACCGAUAUCCCGAGCGCUCAUUUUUCAUGCUAUUCAUUGCAAUUACAUCGGGUAUGGCGAUGGCAAAUCAAGUAUUCUCGGUGUCAUGGCGAUUGACGUGAUUCUAGGUCCCAGAUUUGUUUUGGUAGGAUUAUGGUACCUUCUCACGGCUCGCCCGAAUUCCAACCUCCCCAAAUUCGUUGCAUACACCGGUCUCUUUCGUACCCUGACUUGCGGAGGAUGGACAUAUGUGACAUCAACCGACGAUCACGAUUGGCAUGAUAUCUUCAUGAUUUCCUACCUUGUAGCCACCCUACCAUGGACAAUCGGCUGCCUUGCAUUAAGUCCGGAUAAUGCAAGGGCGGUCAAGUACCGAAAGUAUCUGGCCGGCGCAUUCUUUGGCACCUUGAUUCCCUUGAUAUACUUCUUUAUACAACACAAGGUUCACAAAGUUGCUGGAGGUAAGCUAUACUUCUGUUCGCGCUCACCAGAAUACUCAAACUAAUGUGACGCAGCCUAUACAAUAUAUGCUUUCUUUGAAUGGUCUCUGGUUUUGUUUGACGUCGCUUUUGAUGCAGUUACGGCUCUGGAUUUUGAGACCUUCGAACUGGUGGUCAAAGACGUCAAGGGUGCGAGCAAGGGGUACGUCUAUUGGCUUCCUAAAUAGUGUAUACGUAUACAUGUACUUUACGACAACAAUUACUUGAAUGUUUCUGAACAAUACGUUUUUACAGAAACACCAAAAUGUUAGCAGACUCGGUUCUUGAAAAACAGUAUGUGAUAUGCACAAUUCUAGUAGGGUUUUUUAUUUUACUAACUCAUUAGUAGAAAAGACAAGCAAGUUGGCCAAAUACUCAGUCACCGAUUCUUUUGGAGUGAGGCUAUUGAUGCUGCGGCGGACGUCUAUCAUGGCGUGAGUAGAAUCAUUCCAAUUUCAGUUCCUUACUGACAUAGGCGAAGUUUGUUUUUUGGUCAAUAUUGACUUCAUUGGGUGUUGUAGUAUGGUGUAAGUAUCUUUCCUGCCAACCUCGAGGUUAUGUCACUCACUUGCUUAGUCUUCCCCUUAUGGCAUAUGGGUAUCUCUGGAUAUGAGAUCAUCAUCAUGACAACAGUUUCCCCAUUUCUCCUCAGCAUCAAGCCUGUGCGUUCGAUGGUCGUUAAACAUCUUCGACUAUGCCAUUUCCUAUCUCUCGCAGGAUUGCUUGCAUAUCAAGUCGAGGAUCCAGUUCUCCGAUUGUUCACAGUUGGCUUUGGCGUUUGGAUGUCGUGCCUAUCUUGGGCUGCAACCUGUUAUACAGAAGCUGGGUACCCUAUUCGUCUCGAAUCCAAGAUUCUGGCAUGGACAAUGGGUCUACUCGCAUCGAGCGUUGUGAAAUUCGCUUUCAAAACCAGUAAUCCAAUCUGGCCAACGUCGCAUGCUUCGAAUGGGGGGUUGAACGGUCUAGGUUUCAUUCUUGCUGUACUUGCUGUUAUGCGCUCUACCCGUCGAGGUCCAACUGGCGGUAAUGAUCUCAACUUGCAGGGACGCCAAGAGGGCUCAUCGGUUCUUGCUGGUUUGGGUAUUGGCGGUAUCUUUUUUGGCAUGCAUUUUCUGCUUGCCGACUCCAGCACGAUGAUUCUCUGGGUAUGGGAAGGAUAUCCUAUCAAGGGACCAAUUGCUGCACCCCACGGCGCUUUUACGAUCGCCGCUAUGGGAGCUGGGUUGUUAAUUGGACUUUUCCGAGACAGUCUGGCAACGGGCUGGACACUCUAUGGGGUUGGCUGUAUUGGUGCAGCACUACUCACCACCCGUAGCAAUUGGACUGGAUAUUAUGGCGCACUUGCCACGGCAGUAUAUCUGAUGGCUGUAUCUGUACCCUUGAUUGGCUCAGCUGCUAGAAAGAACCCUGCCACUACUUUCGGGUUUGGUUUUUUGGUCUACAACUUCAUGACCCUCUUCCAUACGUGGGUGGUCGCUUAUGCUUUUGUUCCUGGGGGUCAUCUCGUUCGAGAGCGUACCGACUGGGUCGUAACAGCCACAAUGAUUCUCAUCGGUUGUGGGGUUUUCACGGCUAUCUCGUCUAAUCCAACUACCCAAAGAAAGCGAACUGUCAUCAACCCCAACGCUAGAAAGCAACGUUCGUACUACAUUUACGUCCUAUCUGCGCUCCAACUCUGCUCGGUCGCAAUCGCAUAUCUCCGGUUUCCGACAUACGAUUAUGUCCCAUAUCACAAGGACGAAAAGAUUCUUACUGCAGGAAUUUGGACCAUCCACUUCUCACUCGACAAUGAUAUGUGGUCUUCGGAGUAUCGCAUGCGCGAUGUAAUUAAAGAGCUGGAGAUUGACGUAAUUGGCCUUCUCGAAUCCGACUUGCAGCGAAUCACAGCUGGUAAUCGUGAUACUACUCAAUUCCUCGCAGAGGACUUGGGAAUGUAUGUAGACUAUGGACCAGGUCCAAAUAAGCACACAUGGGGAGCUGCCUUGUUGUCAAAGUUUCCCAUCGUCAAUUCAACACAUCACCUGACGCCAUCUCCUGUAGGCGAAUUGGCACCAGCGAUCGAAGCAACGCUAGACGUCUACGGUGAGAUGAUUGAUGUUUUCGUCUUUCACUCUGGACAAGAAGAAGAUCCUGAAGACAGAAGGCUCCAGAGCGAGUACAUGUCCAGGAUUAUGGGAGCAUCACCUCGUCCAUCGAUACUCCUUUCCUAUCUCGUUACCAAGCCACUUGAGGGUAACUAUAACACAUAUGUUUCGAAAGAGAGUGGGAUGCUCGAUAUCGAUCCAACAGACUGGGACAGAUGGUGCGAAUACAUCCUGUACAAAGGAUUGAAGAGAAUUGGGUAUGCACGAGUUUCAAGAUCAACGAUUACCGAUACCGAAAUCCAAGUUGGCAAGUUCGCGAUUGGUGAGCAAGUACCUCAAGACGAGAAAGUUCGCAACAGAAAUAUUUUGGAAGCAGAAGUACCUGAAGGAAGAAGAUUCCCUCAGAUGUUCCGGGGAGAAGGGGUUCGGGGGCACUUUUAUCACGUUUUAGACGAUGCGCCGCGAUAUUAUGCCUAAGCUUGGUUUCUUCUUGUGAUAGCCAAUGUGUUCGUAUUUUUUGAUUCUUUUCUUUUGUUACAUUGGGAGGCUGCGACAUGAUUAUGUUCUUACGGCCGUAAAAAGGAGUACCUAGGAAAAGUAGAUUAAUAGAAUGGAUUGUACUGUAUAGAGCUCAUGGAAGGUUGGUUGAUAUCUAGGUAUUCAAUUUUAG